AUGGACACUAACGUGUUUACAGGAGAUCAGCAAGUGCACUCAGAUCUACAAGUUAGAUCGCGAAGCCGGAGUUUGGCUGCAGAUGCGCUCUCGCGUGCUGAACCCGAUUCUAAUGUUGAGUUUGUUGAGCAAAGUUAUGAAUUGAGUGAAAUACAUUCACACUCGAGCUCACCCACUCCAAUUGAACCCUUCGCACCGGAGGAAAAUGCAAGCAGAUAUUAUUCGGUCGAUUUGCCUCGUUCGAGGGCAUCGUCCCACUCAUCGCACUUUCAAAAAGGAGAAUCGAAGGUCGAGUCGAAGGAGUAUUUCCAUGUUUUGACUAGAAACUGGAAUCUGAUCUUUGCGUGCUUUGGUGUGUCUUUUACAGGGUUUUUUUUCGGUUAUGAUACGGGUACUGUGGGUGGUAUCACGAAUAUGCAACCCUGGCUAAAACGGUUUGGCCAUUAUAAUGCCUCGAGUGGGGAAUAUGAAAUGUCAACUGCAAUUAUAGGUAUUAUUGUGUCUGCGUUCCAUAUUGGAUGUAUCACAGGCGGAUUCACGAUUGCAAGGCUGGCAGAUCACCUAGGCCGUCGCGCUCCCAUUGCUAUAGCCUGUUUUGUAUAUAUGAUAGGCAUAUCAGUUCAGCUCAGUGCGGGGAAGGGCAAAUGGUAUCAAUACAUGAUCGGAAGAAUGAUCACGGGCCUCACGGUGGGUGCUAACGCGGUACUAUCCCCCAUGCUACUCUCUGAAAUUGCGCCGCCUACAAUCAGAGGAGUCAUCGUGAAUUUCUAUCAGAUUAAUGUCACACAUGGAAUUUUAGUUGGGUACAUUGUUGAUUACGCGACUAAAGGUAUUUAUACAGAUAACCGCAUGUGGAGAUUGCCGUUGAUCGGCGGCUACAUUUUUUCUCUGAUCAUCAUCCCUGUACUCACCCGCGUACCAGAAUCUCCUCGUUACCUCAUUCAACGAGGUCGCUUCGAAGAUGCCAAAAAGUGCGUUGCAAAGCUAAAAGGUUUCAAUUUGGAUUUCAAUUCUGGCUCUACCCUGAGCGCUACGGAUGCAGCCUAUAUGAACGAGGUGGUUGAGGAAGUUGAAUUUUUGAAAGCUGCUUCUCACUAUCAGCUCAGGGAACAAAGAAAUGCCAGUUUCUGGCAGCUGUUUAGCAAAAAAUAUCUGAAAAGAACGAUUUCGGGCAUGUGUGUGAUGGCCUUCCAACAGAUGUCAGGUAUAGAUUACUUUUUGUACUACGGUACGAAAUUGUUCAAGUCCGUUGGUAUUGAAGAUUCUUAUGUCACAUCUAUCAUUCUUGGUGCCAUAAAUGCGGGUAUGACCUACGUGUCAAUCUUUGUCGCCGAUAACCUAGGCCGUAAAAAGGGUUUGUUUUGGGGCUCUGUUAGUUGUUUUACGUGCUUGUUCAUCUUCUCUACUAUCGGAGUUGUAAUGGUGGAUCACCAGGAAAACCCUAAUGCCAAAUUAUCCGGUACUAUCAUGAUUGUGUUUACAUGUCUAUUCAUUGCUGUCUUUUGUUGUUCAUGGUCAGCGAUUGCGUCCGUAUUGGUGAGUGAGAUAUUUUCUUUAGAAAUAAAAUCUAAAGCAAUGGCUUUUUCUCAAGCCUUCAAUUGGGGGUCCAACUUCUUCAUUGCUUUGUGUACUCCAAUUAUCACUGCUCGCAUCGGAUACGCAUUUGGCUAUGUAUUUACAGGCUUUAUGUUUGUGGCUAUAAUAUUCGUCUAUUUCUUCAUCCCUGAAACAAAGGGAAUGACGUUAGAAGAAAUUGACGAUUACUACGAGGGAAAGCAUGAGAUCACGGAGGUUUGA